ACAAAAAUCAAAAUGAAGUUACGUGGCACGUCAUCAGCAGAGGAAAAAUCAGGUGCAUGGAGCUCACAUACUGCAUCGAUAAGGUUUUGAAAUCUACUGAUUUCUUCUCCUUCCACGCACAUUAUUCCACUUCUCCCAUUCCAUCUCUUCAAUUAUAGCAAUGGCGGCUGUGAGUUUGAGUUUCAAUCUGGCGGGGGCGUUCAAAGGGCUUUCCAUCGGCUCCAGCUCCUCGUCUUCAUUUUUCAGAGGCGAUUUCGGUUUGAUUCACAUGGGGCAAAACGCCUCCGUUAUGCUUCCGAUGAAGCCGCCGCUGACGAUUGAGUCGGCGCACAAGAAAGGAGCUGGAAGCACUAAGAACGGCCGCGACUCGCCGGGCCAGCGGCUUGGAGUCAAAAUCUUCGGCGAUCAAGCAGCCAAGGCUGGCUCCAUUAUCGUCCGCCAACGCGGCACCAAGUUUCAUCCCGGCAACAACGUUGGGCUUGGUAGGGAUCACACUAUUUUUGCCUUGAUCGAUGGACUAGUGAAGUUUGAGAAGUUUGGACCAGACAAGAAAAAGAUUAGUGUCUACCCCCGAGAAGUGCAACCCGAGAACCCCAACAGUUACAGAGCACGAAAGAGGGAAUCGUUCAGAUUACAACGCGAGCGAAGAAGAGCUAGAAAAGAAAUCAGAGAAGGCAUUGUGGUUCAACCUCAACUGGUUCUUGCCUCUGCUGCUGAAGAUGCAGCAGUUUGUUAGCCAGCUUGAGGGUUUGUUGCUUGUAUUCAACAAUAAUGAGUUUGGCCCAAUUAGAUAUCCAUUUAUAUCCUUUGAGCUUAAUUUCAAGUUAAUUUGAAUAAACUAUUUACACAUAAUUAUUUAUUCUACAUAGAUUUUUCCUAUUA